AUGAACAACGAUUGCAAAGGCACUCAAAAAUUGACAGAAAAGGCAUUUUCUAGUUUGAAUGUUAGUCCUAGAGAUCAAUCACACACAGGUCAAUCUGGAUUUUCAAAAUCUAAGAAAAACUGGAAACCACAGAAAUGGAAGAAAGGGGAUGCUAAGUUUGAAAACAAUUCCAAGAAGGAAAAUCAGGCUGAAGGAGAAAAGGUUCCUUGCAAAACCUGUGACAAACUUCAUUAUGAUGCUUGUUGGUUCAAAGGCAAGCCUAAAUGCUACAAAUGCGAUAGGUUUGGUCAUAUAGCCAAGGAUUGCAGAGGCAAAUCAGCUCAAACAGCUAACUAUGCAGCACAUAAGGAGGAAGAAGAUAGUACUUGUAGCAAUCACAUGACGUCACAUGAAUCACUUAUGGUUAAUGUUGAUACCAAUGUCGCUGCAAAGGUAAAAAUGGGCACAGGAGAAGUCAUGCUUGUACCCGGUUUGGAUGAAAAUCUGCUCAGUGUUGGUCAGAUGGUGGAACAUGGAUAUUUUUUGGUUUUUGGAAAAUCAAUGGUGGAGAUAUUUGAUGACAACUCAAUGGAACACUUGGUUGCUAAAGUUCCUAUGAUAUGGAACAAAUGUUUUCCACUCUCACUGACAUAUGUGAACUCUGUGGCUAUGAAGGCAACUGUUGAAGACUCUACUUGGUGUUGGCAUAAGAGGUUUGGCCAUCUCAAUCUGCAGAGUUUGAGGUUGUUACAACAAUAA